AUGCAGAAUAGGCGCUUCACCGGCAAGGCCAAAUUCCGACUUGGAACGCUCUUGUUCGACAACUCCGAACAGAUAGAGAAAAUUCAUACCAGAUUAAGUGCCGUCGUGGCACUGACUGACGUGGAGGCUUAUAUAUCCGGCCUCGCUGGUGGCGAAAGCAAGAAUCUUGGUGAAGAGAAAGAGGGCAACGACCAGAGGUCCCAGGGCGAUGUGCUGCAGUCAAGCCGUAGGGCGACCAAGGCUUGCCUGGGCUGCCAGAUCAAGAAGGUGCGCUGCGGCGACGCUCGGCCGUGUGCUCGGUGCUACCGGAUGGGGGAGGUUUGCUACAGCGAAGGAGGGCUAGGGCACGGAGCGCUGCCUCCAGUCCUGCAGCGGAAGCGAGAGCAAGUCGUGCAGGCAUGCGAGCGAUGCCGGAGGUCGCGGCUCAAGUGCGACUCUGCAAGGCCAUGCGGUCGAUGCGCGAGGAGCCUUCAAGUGUGCGUAGACUGGCGGGUCAAGCGGCGACGGCGCGGGACGGAGAUAGACGGAAGCCCAGAGGGAAGCCCAGAUGGGGACAAGGAGACAAGCGGGUACAGCUGGGAGGAGCUGCUGGGGAACCCGGAGGAGGGUGAGCUACAGCUAUGGCCACGGUUGGCAGACGAGACUGCGUCAGAGGAGAGCAUUGCAGGAGGCGGAUGGGAAGAGCUGGAAUGGGAAGAGGUUGUAGAAGGAUCAGGGGCAGGGGGAAGAGGGGGAUGCAACGAUCAGCUUUCAGCCGAGCUCUAUGGAGUCAAAGGAUUUUUUCUUUGA